AUGUUACGAACAUCAAACAAUCAUAAACAUAAAUCAAAUGGAUAUUUAAAUAUUCCUUUUAUUUUUUGUGGAUCAUUUAAGACACGAUCAACAAAAACAACAACAAUAAAUGAUCAUCAUCUUUUUUAUUCAAAUGAAACAGAAUUAGGAUUAGCAUGUCCAAAUGUGAUGAAUCUUAUAAUUAGUAGUGAAUAUUUACUUUUAUCAGAAUUAAUCGAUAAUGAAUUUCUUAUUCCAAUUUUCAAGCAAAUUAAAAUAAUCGAAUCAAUAACAAAUAAUAUUUAUUUUCCUUUAAAUUGUGCAUCACAAUUUCUUGAACGUUUUCCAUCACUUAGUCAUAUUGAACUUCAAGUGUGCUUAUUUGAUGAUUAUGUACAUCUUAUUGAGAUAUUUAUUAUUCAUUUAACAAAUUUAUCUGAUCUUAACAUUAAUUAUAGACAGGAUACAUUACUCGAUGAUUCUGUUACAUGUGAUUAUCUUAUUAAAAAACGUCGUCAAACAUUUCCUAAUCAUAUUCUCAAUGAACAAAGAAUUAAUGCUAAAAAUAAUGGAAAAACUAUAGAAAUUUGGUUAUUAUGA